UCUCUCUCUCUCUCUCUUCCUCAACAUCAUCUCUCUCUCUCUCUCUCUCUUCCUUUUUCCAUCCAUCGCCAUGCCAAUUGGCACACGGAAGGUCGCGGUACAGAGUACUGAUACCAAUUACACAGAGAGAGUCUCGCAUUAUAAAAGCUGAUCGCCAAUAAAUAUCGAGAAUCGUACUUUUGAAAUCACCCCCAUCAGAAACAAAGGGCUACUGGCGUUAGGCGCAAAAACAGAGCUCCCUCCCCCACCACCACCACCACCUUUUUUUCUGUUUCGCAUAUCGCAUCUCUCGCUCCUCCUUUCGCUCCCUCGCGGCUCUUCGCACGUGAUGAACACGCCGCUGUCGUUGCCGGAGAUGCUUCACUGCGAGGAGACGAUGGUCCUCGAACGACAGCGGGCUCGCAUGAAGUGGCAACCGGACCAGCUUCAGCUUCACGUGCAGAGCGAGGGGCAGGGGUGUUAUUUCGGCGGUGGGAGCGAGUUGAACGGUACGUUUAGCUUGGGGCAGAGCAUUGAGAGCUUGAUGGACUGCGGCGGCGCCGAGGCGGUGUUCGCGGAGGUGCUGAACCACCCGAUUAAGCCCGACCCGGGCGUCGAAAGCGGGUGGCUGAGUGGCUUCGACUUGUCUGGCUUGGGCUAUGGGGCGUGUGGGUUUGGGGGUGGAAGUGGUCUGGAGGUGAAUUUCGCCAUUAACAGGACUUUGAGCUGCCCCCCGGCGGUGGCUGUGGCCGCGGCCGCGGUCUCGGCGGCGACGCCGGCGGUGACUGCGGAGAAAGCCCAAGAGUCCGUGGUUUCGGAGAAGAUAAGCCAAGCUGGGCGAGAGAAUUCCAAGAAGAGGAAAGUGGAUAAAGUGCACAACGCAAAGAUUGAAGAUGAAUCCAGAGAUAAAAGGAUCAAAGGGUGCCCUGAAGAGGUAGAGUCAAAGAUCACAGAGCAGAGCAACAACAAGACCAACAACAACAACAACAAAGAAGCAUCUGCAGGCUCUUCAAAGGAAAACUCGAAGGUCUCCGAUGUCCCAAAGCUCGAUUAUAUCCAUGUCCGAGCUCGUCGCGGUCAAGCCACAGAUAGCCACAGCUUAGCCGAAAGAGUGAGGAGGGAAAAGAUCAGCGAGAGAAUGAAGUUCCUUCAAGAUUUAGUCCCGGGGUGUAACAAGAUAACCGGGAAGGCGGGAAUGCUUGAUGAGAUAAUUAACUAUGUCCAAUCUCUGCAAAGACAAGUAGAGUUCUUGUCCAUGAAACUGGCUGCUGUUAAUCCGAGACUCGACCUAGACCUCGACAACAUCUUCGCGAAAGAGAUGAUUCCUGCAUGCACGGCGAGCUUUCCAACAAUUGACAUGUUGUCGGAUAUGGCAAAUCCAGCCUACCUUCCUUUUAGUCCAACACAAACGGUAGUGUCAUGCUCUGGCAUGGAAACAGGAAUCAAUCCCGACUUGGGUCUCCGAAGGACGAUAAGCGCCCCCUUGUCGAUCCCCAAUGCUUUUGUCAACUCGUCCUGCUUCACUCAAUUACAGCAACCUUCGACAUGGGAUCUCGGUUUGCAGAAUCUUUACAACAUGGAAUUCCACCAAGGAAAAACAAUGGCCUUUCCAUCUCAACAGUUCGCAGGUUCGGUUGAGGGCAGUAAUCUGAAGACGGAGAUGUGAACCAGCAUCUCAUCUUCAUAACUUCUAUGACUACAUUCCAAAUUGCUGGGAUCCAGAUUUUUUCUCCUGCCUAUGUAUAGAAAGAUAUAUUUGUAUGAACAUUUACGCCAAUUGCAUGAAUAAUAGUAGUCCCGA